AUGGCAACGGAAAAGAUCGGGAAGUUCCUUGGGGUCAGCUGGAUGUCUCAGUCUGGACUUUACCCGGCCCGACCCUUCGAAGUGGGCGCUGGUGCUGGAGAUGCCAAGUGUGGUGAUAGGUAUUGCAUGGAUUGCCAGAAGUGCGAGGCUUAUCGUGACAGCCUGUCCGAAAGUCAACGAGCCUAUUGGCCUUGCGGCUAUUGCCCCACAGGCCGCGGCGGCCAUUGCGAGCGCCGGAUCUUCUGCUCGGUGGCCGACGACGGGGUCUCCGAGUGUCCUCUCUACGAAGGAUGCUUCAAGCAUCAGGAUUGCAAAGACCACGAGUUCUGUUGGAGUUGGAAGAAGUGUCAGGAAGAAGAUGUCCAAAACAGUGGCACUUGUGGAGACAAACCGCGGAAGGACGGCUUCUGCAACGUCAUGAGCACCUGCAACACCCGUCGGUCCAUUGACGGUCAAUGCCGUGGAGCUAAGGCCUGCAACAGUCACCGUGAAUGUGGCGACGGUCUGUAUUGCGUCUCUUGGAGCAAGUGCAACGAGCGCUCACCCGACAUUUGCGGACCGGAGCCAGCCCACCGCGCUGGCAUUUGCCUUCCCAUUGAGCACUGUGUCCAUGGCUUUCAUCCCCCCUUGGGCGGCGAAUGCCCUGCGUGGUCCGCACACAAUGGAAGCGCAGGUGGGCAUCUGGAAGUCUCCGAAGUCUUGAAGCUGAACAGCACCUUGAUGUUGGCCGUCUGGGGCCAAGCCAUGAACUCUUGGCGGUGGAUCCGGCCGAAUCAGGAGCGUGACUUGAUGCUGGCACACCUGCACGACUACGCAUCCAACAGCACCGUGCUCGACGACUCAGAGCAUGUGGGUAUCUACGAGGUCACAGCUGGGAAGAUGCAACAACAGGACCAGGUGCAGCUCUCUUGUCCCUUCGUGGAGGCUUCGUGGAGUGGGACGCAGGUGGCCAUCCCCGCGCAUGGUCCCCGCUUCUAUGAGGCGACGGUGGAGGAUCAAGGGUUGUUUUUUUUGGUAAGUCCAGAAUCAGGAGGCAGUGAACUCACUGGGUGA